AAAAGCUCUCAUCUUUGCGGCUGAGAAUUGUCUGAAAAUUCACACAGUCCUAAACUUUUUCUCUCUACCUUAUAUACUUCUCUCAAAGUUCUAUGCUGUCAUCAAUGGCCUUAUUCUCAGCUCCUCCACCCCAUUUCCCAACUCUCUCUCCUCCAAAACCCCACUUAACUCACAAACUAUAUACACCUUUAACUUUCAAGAAACCCCAUUUCUCCUUUAGAGCUGUUGAUGAUGUUUCUUCUGGUAUUACAUCUACUUCAGCUGUGAUUAUUGAGCAAGAAAAAACUGAGGAGUCUAAUGGGGUGGCUUUGAACUCAAAUGGGUCGCCACCGGCGGUUUCCGGCGGAGCUCCGGUGGCGGAGGUGGGGGUGAGGAAGUUUCAGGAUAGUAGGUGGGUUGGUAGGACAUGGGAUUUGAAGCAAUUUGAGAAAGAUGGGAAGAUUCAUUGGGAUUCUGUUAUUGAUGCAGGUGACAGUCUUUAUCUCCAAUUUGUUUUCUUUUUCUUGAAGUUGAUUUAAUUAUAUGAUUAAUUA